GUUGGACUGGUAUCCCUCUGGGCUGAGCCUCCUGCUCCCGCACCCUAGGACCACUGCUGCUCCACAAUCAGGACUUCAUGUGACCGUGUGUGUGCCAGUGUGUGAACGUGUGUUUGUCCGACUCUGUGGCUGCUCGUCUGCUUGGAUGUGUGUGAGUGUGCAUGUCAGAGAGGAGAGAGGCUGCAGCUGGACUCACAGUGUGGGUCUGUGAACCUGGUCGGGUCUUCCUCUUUUCUCUCCGUGGCUGUCCGAGCUGGUCUCUCCCGUGGUGUGGCAAGGGGCAGAGGCUCUGUCCUGCUCUCCACCUGGCCUCCAUGAGUUUAUCUGAGGACACACAUCUCCUCCCAGGAAGAUGGGAAAUGCUUCAGACUCAACCCUAUUUGUCUCAACUAUCUCUAAGGAGUAUGAUAUCCUCAUGGGUACAUUAUAUAUCCUGUUCUGUGUUAUGUCACUCCUGGGGAAUGGUGUCCUGCUACUUGUUGCAUACCAGAAGCGGUCGACCUUGAAGCCGGCUGAGUUCUUCAUCAUUAACCUGGCCAUCAGCGACCUUGGGAUGACCAUGUCUUUGUUCCCUCUUGCCAUUUCUUCAGCUUUUGCUCAUAGGUGGCUGUAUGAUGAGGUUACCUGCCAGAUCUAUGCUAUGUGUGGGGUUCUGUUCGGUCUGUGCAGCCUGACCAACCUCACAGCCCUCUCAUCUGUUUGCUGCCUCAAAGUCAGCUUCCCCAACUACGGUAACAAAUUCUCCUCGUCUCACGCCUGCCUCCUGGUGGCUGGAGUGUGGUGCUACGCCUCUGUGUUUGCUCUUGGCCCCUUGGCACAUUGGGGACGCUAUGGGGCGGAGCCUUACGGCACAGCCUGCUGCAUCAACUGGCAUGCUCCCAACAACGAACCGACGGCCAUGUCUUACAUCGUCUGCCUCUUCCUGUUCUGCUAUGCUCUGCCAUGCACCAUCAUCUUCCUCUCCUACACCUUCAUCCUGCUGACAGUACGUGGCUCCCGACAGGCCGUCCAGCAGCACGUCUCGCCCCAGGCCAAGACCACCAACGCUCACGCCCUCAUUGUGAAGCUAUCGGUGGCAGUGUGUAUUGGCUUCCUGGGCGCAUGGAGUCCUUACGCUGUGGUGGCCAUGUGGGCAGCCUUUGGGGAUGCCACUGCCGUACCUCCGGUUGCCUUUGCCGCGGCAGCCAUCUUUGCCAAGUCCUCCACCAUCUACAACCCUAUUGUGUACCUACUUUGCAAACCUAACUUCCGUAAGUGUCUGUACCGAGACACAUCCACAUUCCGUCAAAGGAUCUGCAGGGGCAGUCCUCGUCUUGAGCAAGCCGAUCCUUUUGGAUCCACCUCCCAACGCAACAACAAGGACAUGAGCAUUUCUACACGCUUAUCCAAUGGACAGCCAGAGUGCCACGGGGUGUGUCUGCACUGUGCUGAGGAAGGAACGCCACGGGGUCACUCGGCCACGCCCCAGAAGACUGCAUGCAUGAUGACAGGCUCCGCCUUCACUGCGGUGACUGUGGGUGAGCUCUCGGCCAAACUGCAGUCUGAAUUUCUAUAGGGCAUAAUCCUCUCUGAGGAAGACAAGGAGAGACAGACCGAUGUGGAGAAAAAAGUUGACAUGGGAGAGACAGUGUAAACAACAAAUCGUUGAAUUGUAUAUGACUGGUGAGUCUGUGUCAACAACAGAGAGGAGUGCUACAAUGACAAACCCUUGACAGCUCUUGUUGCUUGAGCAGCUUUUGCCAGGGCUGCAAACACCAGAAACAGCAUCCUUCCUGGACUCUCCUGUGCCAACCCAUCUGAAACAUUGGUUGCUUGCUGUCCGGGGUGCAGUUGGUGGCUGUUAUCAGUACCAUGUUUGUCAUUGCCUCUGUUUCAAAAUGCAGGACAUCAAUUAAAUGCAGUAGCAGGUAUUAUAAGAAGAUAAGAAGAAUAAAAUGGAAAAAAUAAGAAGAUAAUUCCUAGAAUUUUUUAUUGCCUUCAAUAUCACCAUGAACAAGGCAUGUUUCAAGCAAGCUAGAGUUGCUGUUCACAAAAAAAAACAAUGUAACACAAGACAACAUAAGACGAUUAAGUAUCUAACAUCAGAGUAAAAUACUAUAAAUCAAUUCCAAGUUUUUUACAUGAGAAAUGUACUGUGAAAAAAAGGGCAAUUAAUUGUCUUAGACAAUCAAAAGGCUGGAAAACAGACCCAAAGGGAAUAUAAAUAACAUAUCAUAAAAUAAUGAUCAACUUGUCUGGUGAUCCCAUGCCUGUGUGGCAACAGGCCUUAGCUGACGUUUCCCUAUCAUACUGAACUGUGAAGUAGCUGUAGUGUUCCCUUGGACUUUUGUAUUGUUGUAUU